AUGGUAGAGGAUUAUCAAACAACUAACAAUGUUGUGGAAUCAGACUUGACUAAUAUGUUGUUGAAGGACUUGAAUGAACUCUUAAACCUACACGGUAAAAAAAUUAAAGAUUAUGAUCUCCCAUCUUUAGCCCCUAAUACAAUAGACAGAGAUGCAAUUUCAAGAGGAACAGGUAAAACAUUCCUUUAUCGAACAAUAAUGGCAAGUUUAAGAAGUAGAGGAGAAAUUAUCUUCGUAACUGCAUCAUCUGGUAUAGCUGCAACAUUAUUACCCGGUGGUAGGGCUACACACUCUCGAUUUAAGAUACCUAUUGAUAUACAAACGAGUUCCAUUUGUGGUAUUCAAAAGCAAAAAGAUCUUGCAAAUCUCAUUAGAGUUGUUGCUGCAAUAAUUUGGGAUGAAGCACCAAUGACAAACAAAUUUUUUUUGGAAGCCUUAGAUCGAUCGUUACAAGACAUUUGUAGCAACAAUGCUCCAUUUGGUGGAAAAGUUCUGAUCAUGGGGGGAGAUUUUCGUCAAGUUCUUCCUUUUGUAAGAAAAGAGUUUGCAGAAUUUCUUAUUCGCAUUGGUGAUGGUGUUGAACCUACCAAACCAGAUGACAUGAUGAGGUUACCUUUACAUAUUACAAUCCCGUGGGAAGGUGAACAUUCCAUACAAGUACUUAUCCAACAUAUUUUUCCUAAUUUAGAAUUGCAUGGUUGGGAUGCCCCAUAUAUGGUACAAAGAGCUAUUUUGACACCAACAAAUGAUGAUGUCCAGAAAUUGAAUAAUAUGAUUAUCGACCAGUUUCCAGGAGAAAAACAUGAUUUGUUGUCGUUUGACGAGGUUGAAAGAGAUAAUCAUAAUUUAUACCAGCAAGAAUUCUUAAACUCAACUGCACAAGGUAGUUUGCCACCACACAUUCUAAAGAUGAAAAAGGGUGCACCAUUAAUGUUGUUACGAAAUUUAGAUCCUAGAUAUGGAUUGUGUAAUGGGACGCGGUUAUUAUGUCGUGGUUUAUUUAUGAAUAUGUUGGAUGUGGAAAUCUUGACAGGAAGCAACGCUGGAAAACAAGCUUUUUUGCCUAGAAUUAAAAUAAAAACAUCUACAAGUGAUGAACUUCCUUUUGUCCUUAGUAGAAAGCAGUUUCAUGUGCGACUAAGUUUUGCAAUUACAAUAAAUAAAUCACAAGGACAAAUCAUUCCAAAUGUUGGAAUAUAUCUUCCACGACAUGUUUUUAGUCAUGGACAGUUAUAUAUGGCUUUAUCCAGGGGUGUUUCACAUACUACAACAAGAACUUUAACUAGGGAAGGAAAAUUGAAAGGAAAAGAUGCCAAACUAGAACACAGUGAAAUCUUUCAAUUAUGUAAGAAGUUGAGACAAAAGGAUGUUGAAACUUGCUUUAACAUAAAAAUAGCAGACUUUGAAGAUAAAUGGAACACAUGGAAGGAUGAACAAAGUAUUUCAUCCAUCGGCAAACUCGACAAUAAGGUCAAACGUCUGAAAAUUUACUCUAUCGGUUGGAGCUCCACAGUGAUAACAGAUAAAACACAACUUUGGAAAAUGGUGAAAAGAGAAAUAAUAUCUCAAAGGAUGGAGAGGACUGGGUUUGCUGUUAUGGUCAAAUUGAAAUAUAAUGGGAGAUAUGAUGUUGCUGCCUUGUUACAUUGUUUUCAUGUUUCUGCUAGUGAGUUUGGUGUAUUAAACUUUUCAAUAUCAAACCGAUCUUAG